CUUUGCAAGUGAGACUGGAGCGAAAGUGGGAGAAGUGGAACAAGGCAGCGACAGGCGAAAAUAGCGUGUCAUGUUUGGACGGUGACCGUAAGCGAAGCUGGUGUUGUUGGGAGAAGGUGUUGCAUUGAACGUGGGGAGUUUUACCACAGAUCUCGCGGAGGGGCAACAGCAUGUGCACAUUGUCUGUCUACCCCGUGUGUAUGUUGGCUUGAGCGGGGGAAGGAAAACCCUUUACUGCCAAAUUUGGCAACCAGGGAGGAGAAAUGCCAUUUUCAGUUGUUUUGCUGCGGAGCGCAGACGGACAGGGGCGCUGGUGAUGCCUGUCCGUUGGGGAUCGCCGCUUUACUGAGGAAAACUGGGCGGCUGAAGAGAUGUUGAUUUUGCGCGAAUCAUGGCUAAUGGAACUGGCACAAUUAUGCUGAAAUGCGUGGUCGUUGGAGACGGUGCUGUAGGCAAAACUUGUCUGUUAAUGAGCUAUGCCAACGACGCUUUCCCAGAGGAGUACGUCCCUACAGUCUUUGAUCAUUACGCAGUGAGCGUCACCGUUGGAGGAAAGCAGUACCUCCUGGGACUGUAUGAUACGGCUGGGCAGGAAGACUACGACCGCCUCCGGCCUCUGUCCUACCCCAUGACCGAUGUCUUCCUCAUCUGCUUCUCGGUGGUGAACCCGGCCAGCUUCCUCAAUGUGCGGGAGGAGUGGGUCCCGGAGCUGCAGGAGUACGCCCCGAGCGUCCCCUUCCUGCUCAUCGGAACCCAGAUCGACCUCCGGGAUGAUCCCAAAACCAUCGCCAAGCUGAACGACAUGAAGGAGAAGCCCAUCUCUACGGAGCAGGGGCAGAAGCUGGCCAAAGAGAUCGGGGCCUGCUGCUACGUGGAGUGCUCGGCGCUGACGCAGAAGGGGCUGAAGACGGUUUUCGACGAGGCCAUCAUCGCCAUCCUCACCCCGAAGAAGAACGCCCUCAAGAGGCGGCUGGGCUCCCGUUGCAUCAACUGCUGCCUGAUCACGUGAGAGAGAGAGACAGACCGAGAGGGAGCAGAGAGAGAGAGAGAGAGA